AUGCAAAUACAGCACCUUUGGAUCGCCCUUUUGGGACUUUGUUCGGUCAGUGCUCAGAACUUCUACGAUAAAAAUGCUAACAUUAUGGAGUUGACACCCAAGAAUUUCGACAAAGUGGUACAUCGGACCAACUAUACCACUUUGGUAGAGUUCUACGCCCCAUGGUGUGGCUACUGUCAGCAGCUGAAAGGAAUCAUGCAGAAAGCGGCUAAAAACCUGGAUGGGAUAGUUCAAGUGGUCGGUGUCAAUUGCGAUCUGGCCAAGAACAAACAGCUGUGCGCACAGCACCGAGUCGAAGGAUUUCCAACGCUAAUGGUAUUUCGGCCACCAAAAGUAGAUCUAAAAAAACACCCAGAAGACAGGAUUAAUCUCGGAAAUCAUGCGAGCGAGGUCUACAAAGGGGAAAGGAAGCUCAGACCCAUCGUGGAUUUUUGUAUUUCUCGGGUGAAAAACUAUGUGACUCGUGUGCCAAGACUAGAGAAACUAGCAACCUUGUUAAAUGAUAAUUCCGAGACUCGUUUGAAGGCUGUUUUAUUUUCCAAAAAGGAUAAGAUUUCGCCCUUGUAUAAGAGUUUAGCUCUCGACUGGUUGGGGGCUAUAGACUUUCAUGUUUUCCUCAAUUCGAAGCUGAAAGGAUCUGUAAGCGCACUCGAUUCAUUGGAUGGUAAUUUCAAGGAAUACCUAUCAAAAUUACAAAACACGCAAGCGGAUUCUGAAUCUAGCCUUUUGGUCAUUUUUGAUCCCAAGUCUCAAGAAUACUACACAUACGACAGUAGUUCUUUCGAUAAAACAAGUGUAUGGAAGUUUUUGUCGCAGUGGGCAGAGCCAAAUGAGGGGUCCUUUACCAAGCGCCAAGAGUAUUUGGAUGACAUUAAAUCUGGUGCCAAAAAGCCUCAAAAAAAGAAGCCCAAUGCACCCGCGAAUCAAAAGCAAAAUUUGCACGACGAACUAUAG